ACUUUAAAUCCGACAGUCGGAAUGCGGGAGAUCGUGCACAUCCAGGCCGGCCUGUGUGGAAACCAGAUCGGGGCGAAGUUCUGGGAAGUUAUCAGUGAUGAACAUGGCAUUGACCCUACGGGAACCUACCGUGGAGAGAGCGAUCUGCAACUGGAGAGAAUCAAUGUCUACUACAAUGAAGCCACAGGUGGUAAGUUUGUACCACGUGCUAUCCUUGUGGACCUGGAACCUAGUACUAUGGAUUCUGUUCGUUCUGGACCCUUUGGACACCUUUUCAGACCAGAUAAUUUUAUGUUUGGACGUAGCGGUGCCUCUAACAACUGGGCCAAGGGUCAUUACACUGAAGGAGCUGAAUUGGCUGACUCUGUCAUGGAUGUAGUGAGGAAGGAGGCUGAGGGAUGUGAUUGCCUCCAGGGAUUCCAGCUUACCCAUUCACUGGGUGGUGGUACUGGUGCUGGCAUGGGUGUCCUUAUCCUCAACAAGAUCCGUGAAGAAUACCCUGACAGAAUGAUGCUCUCUUUCAGUGUUAUUCCUUCACCCAAAGUAUCGGACACUGUGGUAGAGCCCUAUAAUGCAACUUUAUCAAUUCACCAACUUAUAGAGAAUACAGAUGAGACCUUCUGUAUUGAUAAUGAGGCUCUGCAUGACAUUUGUUUCCGAACCCUCAAACUCACAACACCCACUUAUGGUGACAUGAAUCACCUUGUGUCAGCUACCAUGAGCGGUGUAACAACCUGUCUACGUUUCCCCGGUCAGCUCAAUGCUGACCUGCGUAAACUAGCAGUGAACAUGGUCCCCUUCCCCCGCCUACAUUUUUUUGUGCCAGGGUUCACUCCUCUGACUAGUCGUGGUACCCAGCCAUAUCGUGCCCUCUCAGUACCUGAGCUUACCAAGCAAAUGUUUGAUGCCAAGAACAUGAUGGCAGCCUGUGACCCUCGACAUGGCCGCUAUCUGACUGUUGCUGCUGUUUUCCGAGGCCGCAUGUCCAUGAAAGAGGUGGAUGAACAGAUGUUAAACGUCCAGAACAAAAAUAGCCCUUAUUUUGUGGAAUGGAUCCCCAACAAUGUCAAGACUGCUGUCUGCGACAUCCCACCGAGAGGCCUCAGAAUGGCAGCCACCUUCAUUGGCAACACAACAGCCAUCCAGGAGCUGUUCAAGCGCAUUGGUGAGCAGUUUUCUGCAAUGUUCCGGAGGAAAGCCUUCUUACACUGGUAUACCGGUGAGGGCAUGGAUGAGACAGAGUUCACAGAGGCUGAAGCUGACAUGCUGGAUCUGAUAGCUGAAUACCAGUACUAUCAGGAAGUUCCAGUGCAUGAGGGGGCUCGGUAUUAUGUUGAAGAAGUUGAUGGCGAUGAAGAGUCCUGA